CAGGAAGGAGCUAGGCGGGUGCGGAAGGCGGCCUAGCGCUAGAGUUGGUCGUCGGCUGCUUUCAGCAUGGCUGCCCUCUGUCGGGGCUCAGAACUCGAUCUUAGCUGGAUCUCCAGAGUUCAAGUGAACCAGGCGGCUGUUCUGAGGCGGGCAGGACAGAUCCAGGCUCGAAGAAGCGUGAAGAAGGAAUGGCAGGCCGCGUGGCUCCUGAAGGCUGUUACAUGUAUAGACCUUACUACACUUUCUGGGGAUGACACAUUUUCUAACGUCCAACGGCUCUGUUACAAAGCCAAAUACCCAAUCCGGCAAGACCUCUUAAAAGCCUUAAAUAUGCAGGACAAAGGCAUCACCACGGCUGCGGUCUGUGUCUAUCCUGCCCGUGUUUGCGACGCCGUGAAGGCGCUGAAGGCCGCAGGCUGCAGUAUCCCCGUGGCAUCAGUGGCCACUGGCUUUCCAGCUGGACAGACUCAUUUAAAGACACGAUUGGAAGAGAUCAGACUGGCAGUAGAGGAUGGCGCCACUGAAAUAGACGUGGUCAUUAACAGGACCCUGGUACUGACCGGCCGGUGGGAAGCACUCUACGACGAGAUCAGUCAGUUUCGAAAGGCCUGUGGGGAGGCGCAUCUCAAAACCAUCUUAGCCACCGGAGAACUCGGCUCGCUCACCAACAUCUACAAAGCCAGCCUGGUAGCAAUGAUGGCAGGAUCAGAUUUUAUUAAGACUUCUACUGGAAAAGAAACGGUAAAUGCCACGUUCCCAGUAGCAAUCGUAAUGCUACGGGCCAUUAGAGAUUUCUUCUGGAAAACUGGAAACAAGGUCGGCUUUAAGCCCGCAGGAGGCAUCCGCACUGCCAAGGAGUCUCUCGCAUGGCUCUCUCUUAUAAAGGAGGAGCUGGGGGACGAGUGGCUGACACCUGACCUCUUCCGGAUAGGGGCCAGUUCUCUGCUCUCAGACAUCGAGAGGCAGAUAUACCAUCACGUGACCGGGCGGUACGCAGCUUAUCAUGACCUUCCGAUGUCUUAGAGCAGAAGCCGGCCCAGAAAAGCAUCUUGCAACAAGUAAAAAACAAAAAUGUCUUUUGCAUAAUUGCCAAGGUUAUGUAAUUUAAGAAUAGGUAACUGACUUUUCUCCAUUAAAAUCUCCCCUGACACUAACUCACAAAAACAAAAGAGACAAACCAAUUGAAUCUAUAUGUGGACUCCAGUCAAGUGAGGCUAACAUGCUCUUAAUUAUUAGGAGGCCUACAUUUAUUAAUUUUAUGAAGGUCUUCUCUAAACAACUCUGAAUGAAGUGUUCCUACUAACAAAUUCUGAGGGAAAAGGAAGUUAAAUAGCCUGAGACACAAGAUUCUCGGGCAGUCGAGAGGGCUCGACACAGAACAGGGCUUGCUACCAAACCUGACCACACGUUCAGUUCUCUGUAACUGCAUGGGGGAGGGGGGAGCUGGUUCCCAGAAGUUGUCCUGCGAUACCCACAUGUUCGUGCCCCCUACCUCUGACACAUAGUAAAUAAAUAAAAUGUAAUAAAAAAUGAAAAUGUGACACUCAGCCUCCCUCUGCUGCCUGGGACUGUGAGCCCUUCCCUGGCUUUCCACCUGAGUUUCUGUGGUGGACGGGACUCUUUCAUUAAUUGUUUUGCUAAUGAGAUUCUGAUGUUAUGAGAAAACGUA